AUGAAACAAAAAGGUAUGCAGAAUCAACAAGAUAUAGAAAAGACUAAGAUGUGGGGAUCGAGAUUCCUAGUUCUAGAAGAAGAUGAUGUGCUGGAAAACUUGGACACGAAAUUUGAAAAAGCUGAGGACAUCAAAGAUGAAACACAAAAUUAUGUCAAUGAGGUGUUUCAGGAAGAGACAUCAUUAGAAAACUUAGAAGAAAGGCCAUACAUGGAGAAUAUGGGAUCAAGCAGAAAAAGGAAGGAAAGCAGAAAAGUCAACACUCAUGCCAUACUUGAAAUAACAUCCAAAGGCAUUUGUAAAGACAAAAUUAAAGGAGGUUUGAAUCGAGGCAAUGCCAAAAGAAGCAUGGAAAAUUUACUUGAGGGUCUUAAACAAAGACCUGGGAGUAAAAGGCUACACAAACAUAUUGGUCUCAUCAUAGGAGACUUUGAACUCGGUGCUCCUUCUACUAGGCCUGCUAUAAAUCCGAUCUAA